AUUAUCCAUCGAUAAAUGAAAUCCCUUCAUUCGUCACCAACAACCCAAAAGUCAAAAUCAAUUACAAUUUCUCUUUGACUUACCUGUUAUCACUUAGUAUCAGAUCUUGAACCUAUAAAAAGAGUAUGUACCUUCAUAGCUAGAGAAAAGAAAAGCACCCUACUUCCUUUAGAAAUGGAGCUAAGUUUUAGUAUGAUCAACACAGUGGUAUGUGUUGUUGGAGUGAUAGUGAUGAUAUACGGAUGGAGAUUUUUCAAGUGGGUCUGGUUGAAACCGAAGAAGAUGGACAAGUUCCUCAGAGAACAAGGCUUAAACGGAAAUCCCUACAAAUUUCUAUAUGGAGACAUGAAAGAGAUGGUGCAGAUGACUGCAGAUGCCAAAUUGAAACCCAUAAAUCUCACUGAUGAUAUCGUCCCACGUAUCAUGCCAUUUCUUUAUAACUCUGCAAAGACUUAUGGUAAAGGAAAGAACUUCUAUACAUGGAUGGGCCCACGACCUAUGAUGCACAUAACAGAACCUGCACUAAUACGAGAGGUUCUAAACAAUUAUUCUCAGUUUCAAAAGCUGAAAGGAGGAAAUCCAUUAAUAAAAUUGCUAGCUAGAGGGAUAGUAGAUGCUGAGGAUGAUCAAUGGGCAAAACAUAGAAAGAUUAUCAAUCCCGCAUUCCAUGUGGAAAAGCUUAAGAGUAUGUUACCCGCUUUUUACAUUAGUUGUAGUGAGAUGAUCAACAAAUGGGAAGAAUUAACCAAAGAAAGAUCCUGUGAAGUUGAUGUGUACCCUCAUCUCGAAACCUUUACUAGUGAUGUAAUUUCACGUACAGCAUUUUGGUAG